AUGUCGAUCACUCAUAUUGUCCUUUUCCAAUUCAAGGCUGACGUUGACGCUCAAGCAAUUAAUGACGCAUGUGGUCGGAUGCUCGCGUUGAAAGACACAUGUCUUCAUCCAUCGUCUCAAAAACCGUACAUCACAGCAUCUUCAGGUGGGGCCGAUAACUCUCCUGAAGGAGCACAGGAUGGAAUCACUCAUGCUUUCGUUGUGGAGUUUGCGAAUGCUGCAGAUCGAGACUAUUAUGUGAAGAGCGACCCGGUGCAUCAGGUCUUUGUGAAGAGCCUAGCCGGACUCAUUGAGAAAGCUCAAGUCAUCGACUACACACAUGGAAUCUUUUAG